AUGAGGACCACCACCACCACCACCACUGCCACCGCCGCUACCUCCACUCGAGUCCCGGGGUGGUCGCAGCUGUCUCCCCCUCUGCCUGCUCCACCAACCAGCGCUGUUUGUGUUUUUUCCCUCCUCACGCUGCUCCCACGUCACUCCGCGCGUCGUGAUUUCUCAUUCACCCCCUCCUCAUUAGGAUGCGACCCACGCUUCAGCGCCCGUGCCUGGAUGGCGCACGCCCCCCCUCACACUCCGGACAUCAGCUGGAUUGAUGCAAACCCUCAGAGGAGACGAGUUUUGAGGAUAGACUUUGAAGCUGCAGCAUGUGUUGGACUCUGA